UAUUGAAUCGAGUCAAAACCAAAGACCAAUACAACGUAGACAAAAGACAACCAAGACAGAAUCGAACAUGGCUGAAACAUUGGUCGUGCGCGUGGACGGUCGCCAACCGCGCGUCUGCUGGGUCUGCCUUGAAACCGACAGCGACGACGACGACGAUGACAAUGAUCAACGCAUCACCAGGCAGCGCAGCACGAGUCGUAGUAGCGCUGGACAAGGCGAGCGUCAAGCCGUGCUGCCACCAACGACGGCAACGCGCUCCGCCACUGCCCAAGACACACAGGACGCUUCAUCAUCAUCAUCCUCACAUCACUAUCGUCACGACGACGAGGACGAGGACGAGGACGAGGACAUCAGCCACUGGGUCCGCCCGUGCAAGUGCAGCGGGGCGACGCAGUGGGUGCACCAGGCGUGCAUCCGCCGCUGGGUGGACUUGAAGGUCGCCGAAGGAGCGCCAUUGCGAUGCCCGCAGUGUCUGACGCCGUACAAUGUCACCCAGCCCGAGGAAGGCACCGUCAUGCUCGUGCUCGAGACGGUCGACCAGUUCAUUGGCGCCGUCAGCCCGUUCGCCGCGCUUGGCAUUUGCACGGGCGCAAUCUACGUGUCGUCACUGGCGUAUGGCGCGUUCUCAGUGUGCUUGAUGAUGGGCUUUGACGAGGGCAUUGACUUUCUCUCCAAGCUCAAGACGCGCUACCUGUGCAGUUUCAUUCCGCUCAUUCCGGUCAGUCUGAUGGCAACGCAGGCUCAGUCGCACUUGCACACGCAUACGCAUCAUCACCACGAACACACGCACGGGAAUGCUGUGGAAGUUCCUGCUCCAGUGGUGGCGCGUCGUGGUGGUGGUGCUGCUCAGGCGCGUCGUCGAAACGCUCCACCGGCAGUACCGCCAGCAGCAGCAGCAGCAGCAGCUGUCGGCAAUCGUCGGCCUCCGCCUCAACAGCCCGCCACACAACAGCGACCGUCUCCACCAAAUUCGACGAGCACUACACCGAGCAGUGUCUCGGGUGCAGCAAGCAGCUCGGGCGCAUCAUUCGUGCACACAGAGCCAUCCACAGACCACACGGAAGCUGGCCCCUUUUCUCCUAUUAUCACUGACGACAGCUGGGACACUCCGAGCACGAGUGGCCAGGGUGUUGUGAUUCCCCACGAAGACAGCACUGUGGAUGCGCCUGUUCCUCCAAACCUGCAGGCGAUGGUCGAAGACCCUCACGUCGAGGACCCUGAUGCUAUUAUCGCUGCUGACUUUGACGAGGCCGAAGCUGCAGAACUCGAGGAAAUGAUGGACACUGCGUUUGAAGCAGCGUCGUUGAGUCGCACGUUCGUCGGCGCCAUGUUGCUGCCAGCAAUUUCAGGCAUUCUCGGCCGAACUGUAUUCCGAUUCGUCUCUUCCAAUAACCUGACCCGAAGUCUGUUGGGUGGAGUUGUCUUUCUAAGCGUCAAGAGCGGCAUUCAUGCUCUGUACCGGCGGCAACGACGCUUCAUCCAACAAAAUCGCCUUGUUCAAAAUCAUUUCUGAGAAAAAAAAAAAACAAAGGUCGCAAGUCCGUUCGCCUGUGUGCCACAAGUCCUUCUUGCUCCUCCUGCACUUGUAUAGUGUGAUGCAACUGAUUGAAUAUAAUAUAAUUGUCACUUGUAUUGAGCA